AUGCAAGAGACAGACCUAUCAACGACCAACCAUGAGGUGAGCUACCAAACUGAUAAUUCCAGCAUAAAUCUGCCUUCGGGCACGAAUGGUGAGCAGUCGAUCCCCACUAAUCCGAGCACCACGGUUGUGAAUUCAAGUGUUGGCAUUCAGAGCCCUUUAGGGUUGCAUACUUCCACUACGAGCAUCGGAACGGCUCAGUAUCCGAGCACUAAACGCUCCGUUUCUAUGUUACAACGAAGCAAAAAACGAGGUGCGGGGCCUCAGACGUUGUACGUCCGUCCCUCCGGCCCCGCCGCCGAGACGUUUAUUCUCAACCGAAAAGAUGACGACAAGGGAAGAGUUGAAAACCUGCCCUUCCGAGGAGAAUCACUCGAUUCGGGAGACAAAGACCGCUCCGCGAAUGACUUCCCGGGAGUCGUUCCAUGCGUCUUUUCCAAGCUCAGCACAGCCUCCGGGCAGACGAUACGGGGCUUCCACACGAUGGUCCGUGGCCUUGACAGCCCGAUCCUGGCGGUUGGGGCGGUUUUUCUUUUUUUUCUCGUGGUGGACAUCCUCCUCCUCACUCAGGCGCGAUUGAUUAUUCAUAGCACACUUCUUAUACGCACCGAACUCAAUGAAGAGCUCCUUUUCUUUGUUUCGAGCCUUGGGGAGUCCUAUUAUCAGAAGAAUCGUAAACUCGAGACGUUGAUGGCGUCCUCUCCCAAUGGUCCACGAACACUUGAGCAGGCGCGGGUGGAGGCAGAGGUAAAGCUACUGGAAUGCAUGUAUAAUCGGAGCCUGUCUAAAUUUCAUCGCGAACUUGGCUACCUAGGUGACAUUAGCGACCUUCAGUUUCUUCUAAACUUACAUUUUAUGUAUGAAGAUGAGCUUCGAACUAUGAUGCAGGAGGAGCGGCAUUCGGUUUACUUGUCAGAUAAGAUUAGACAUUUACGGAAGAAUGAACAGUACCCUAGCGCAGCUGUCACUAAUCGAAAAAAGGCCUCCUAUCCCCAUAGCAUCACAGAGCAGGAUACAACCGCAGCAUCGGGUGCAAUGGACUUAGCUGAUGAUCUGCGGUAUACGAUCGAUGCGUUUGUUUCGACGGCGCUGGGGAAAGCGCAACUAAGGAAUGGUUCUAUGGACAUAAAUUCGAUUGAAAAUGGCAUGUAUUAUGACAAUUUUGAAUACACAAGAGUGAAGGAAGGGCGCUUCACUUUCUUACCAAGUAUCUCCAAAGGGAUAACGAGGAUGGGCAAAUCAAUCAAGGGUUUAAACGAUAAUGAAGUGAAGUCUCGUUCAUUUUUACUGAAACGAUUUCUCUGCUUCAUUUUAAUGUGUGUGAUUUUGUAUGUCUGCUUUUAUUUUCAUUAA